AUGAACCGCAGAGUAACAGAUAAGAUCCCCGAUUUCUCAUUCUUCGGCAAGUUCGAAAUCAAAUAGAAUAAUAUAAAUUUAGAUGUGGUCCUUGCAUCAAUUAUCUCUGUCAUCCAUUUCUUCGUAACUCGUCUCUACUAUGACAUUGUUCCCAAUCCCUAUAUGGACGAGGUCUUCCAUAUUCCUCAAGCUCGAGCGUAUUGCGAUGGGAAUUACACUCAGUGGGAUCCAAUGAUCACAACUCCACCCUUGAUCUACAUCUUGACUGUUUUGGCUGGUGCUUGUGGGAAGGAGAGAUAUUUCAAUUCGCUGUUGAUUGGCCUUUGCUAUCUGGCCGCGCUCCGAUACGGUCGAAAACAAACAAAAAGCCGGGGGUGGUUUCCCGCAUUGGCCGUGGUCUUUCUUCCCGUCCUCUUCCAAACUUCAUGUCUCUACUACACGGAUAUGUUGUCCUUAUCGUUGGUAUUGCUGGGACUUGGGACAGAGAAUCGAUUUAUUUCGGCAGUCGUCUUUGCUGCUUCAUGUUUAUCGAGGCAAACCAACAUUAUCUGGGCGGGUUUUUACUGCUUCUCUAAUUUAGUCGAGCAUUUGAAAGCGAAAGAGAGGGAUCUCUUCAAGAAUACUGUUAUCUGUCUCCUUAUUCAUUGGCCAUUUGCUUUUCUCGGCGCUGGAUUCCUUGGAUAUCUCUAUUGGAACGACGGAUCAUUGGUUUUGGGAGAUAAGACGGCUCAUCAAAUCCACUUCCAUGUUCCUCAAGUCUACUAUUUCCUCCUUUUCACUUUGGGGUCAUCUGUUCCCCAUCUCCCUACAAGAAUAACUGUACUUCGUAAAGCUUUAUGGAAUUACCGGUAUCGUUUAUUGGCUGCUUCUGUUGUUAUGGCCGUUACAAUUCAUUUCUUCUCCUACAAUCAUCCUUACUUGCUCGCUGAUAACCGUCAUUAUGUCUUCUACAUCUGGCGAAAAUGGAUGUUAAGACAUUCUUUGUGCAAAUUCCUGUUGAUUCCAUUGUAUCUCGUAUCAUUUCUUUAUUUUGUUCAUGUCCUAAAUGCCACUAAUUCUUUUUUUGUCUGUUCAUUGCUUUCUUGCACUGCUUUAACCAUCAUUCCAGCCCAUCUAG